CCUCAGAGCUGCGAUUCCAGCAUACCAUUGAUGGCACAGGAGUUGAUGCGCAAGAUGAUUCGGAGGUUUGCCUUAGAGUAUGCGUGUAAAAGCCAGGCUCACGAGGGCCUGAAUGGCCUAAGUGACACCUCUGAGCUUCUCCCCCAUCAACUGGAUCCUGAUGGGCCUCUGGACCUCACCAUCAGCCGAGCUUCUCAGGCCCUGCAAGUUGGAGUACUUGACCUCUCUAAGAAAAACACAUCAGCAGAAAAUGAAACUACUCAAAGAAAGGUUUCAGGGAGACCAAUCAGAGAGGACUAUUUGGAUCGCAGCUCUGAGUUUGCAGAAGGUUUGCUCUCUAAAGCCUUGAAAGAUAUUCGGUCUGGAUCACUGGACAUUCACAAAGCAGCCAUACUAUACGGGAUACCUCAGAAAACAUUACAGUUUCAGACAGAGGCCUUAUUGCCAGAGUGGAAGGCAGGGGAACCAUCGAUUUUUGGUGACAGUGGCAAGGGCACAGAGGCGGUGUGCCCAACCAAUGACACUCGACUCGUCCUGCAGAAGGUAGCAGCAUGGGCUCGCUCGCAGUCAGAGCAGUCUGAAGUAAGAAAAUGUAAAUUUACGUCACCAGAGCACACCGAGCUAAAGUUCCCGGCAGCCGUGACUGCCUCGUCAUACCUUCACCACUUAACCUUGCAGAGAAUGGUCUCGCAGCUACGGGAGCAGAACGACGGGCCUUUCUCCAGUACCGAGCCAGCCACAUCUCCUCAGAGUUCUGCCACUGGGCCAGCUGUGCACAUCCGAGUCCCUCAGGUACGCUUAAGUGCUCAGCACAAAGCCCAGCUGGAUCUGGCUGGCCUGGUGGAUGCGGUAUACCAAGCCAACAAAGCCUCUGAUGGCUCCACUGCUUUCCACAAGCUGAAGACCGUUCUCCCUAAACAGGGCUUGAUCGAAAGCCACUCGGGCCUCGAGUCACGUCUACUCCAGGGUGACAUGCCUCCACUGGGUCUGAACAUGAAGAACGGGAGCGUUGGCGGAAGCGUCACUGGAAGUGUGGUUGACAGUGGAGAUGAUGACCGUCGAGACAAGCAUCCACGGAAAAAGCGGGGCCGUUAUCGGCAAUAUGACCACGAUAUCCUGGAGGAGGCCAUAGCCAUGGUGAUUAGUGGGAAGAUGAGCGUGUCGAAAGCUCAGGGCAUCUAUGGGGUGCCACACAGCACCAUAGAGUACAAAGUCAAAGAGCGAACGGGCACGCUCAAGACCCCACCAAAAAAGAAGCUCCGUCUUGCUGAAGCAGCAACCUCAGGCUCAGGAAAGUCAGGGACAACAACCAAUGCCUCAUCUACUGCCUACAAACAGUCUUAACUCAAAACCAAAACCUCAACUAUUUCUUAGAGAUGGUUUUCACUAAACAUCACCUAAACUACAGCCAACAAGGAAGGUUUUUUAUUUUAUUUUAUUUAUUUUUUUAAACAUGCAGUCCAGGACCUCAUUCAGACUUGGAAGAUGCACUUGAAUCCUCAACCACAGGUUAAAUGGUACAUUUUAUCAAGUUACAAAACAUGCCUUUAAAAAAAUCUAUUCAGGGGUUUCACUGUGGAUAUCUAUAUGAAUAUAUUUAAAAUAUUGUAAAGCACUGUUGAUUUUUAAGUUAAUUACUCUUUUAAAACUAAGAAAUAUAAUAUUCAGGUUUUGUUCAUACAUAAGCUAAUCUCAGCUUAACGAUUGUUGUAUGCAGCUUUCACACUAAUUAGUCUUUGUAGUGACUGGUCAUUUCAUUUGAAGUCUAUCAACAGUAUUUUUUAUGGUGUCUGUGUGACAGCCUGGUGACAGCAUGACUGUAACAUCUCUUUUAACUCAACAGUGGGAGAUGCCCAUCCUUAUAUGCAAUGGGUAGAUAUAGGUACGAGUUUCCACUCCAGCAAAGGAACAACACUAUUAUGUAAAUAGCACUUUUUGGACUACUAUGCUUAUUGGCAAGUUGUAUUGUAUAACAUAGAUAAUUAUAUCAGUUUUAUGAAGUAUUAAUGAAGUACAUUAAUCAGGACUGUUGCCAGAUCAUUGGAGUGAAAGCUUGGACCAUCUCAUGCUUUUUGUUGUGGGUGAGACUUCCCACAUUCUGCACUGAUAGUGAUUUUAUUUUUUUAUUUUUGGUAAGUUCAAAUACUUAUUAUUCCACACAACCUCAACCACACACACACAACAUUGCUUUAUUUUUUUUAUUUCUUGCCCUUUUUCAUUCCCCCCCUGCAAAUCUGCUUAGCAAAUCAUUUGGGGUAAGUUGGAAAUGCAAUGUAAUGCUGCACAGGAAAAAAACGCUUGAUGGCAGUAUCAGUGAAUGUUUCUUUUACACUGAACAAUAGAUAGAAUACUUUUUCAGCAAUUAGAACUACUGAAAUCCUCACUCAGUAUUCUUUUUUCAGAUUUGAAUUUCUUCUUUAUAAUGUUGUGUUGUUC